AUGGGCGGAAACGCAUUCAAAGCCAUCGUGCCCCAUGGACACUUCCCGCGCAUGCCGCCACCGGUCUACAACGCUCUCAAAACAGCGCUCAUCCCUCCUCUAAAGUCCGUAUACUCGCGCGUCGUCGUAGCCCGCGAGGCUCCGGAGAAGGCGGACUACGGCGACCUCGACAUUGUUGUCUCCGGGCCACGCGACGGCCUCACGCACGCCGCGGUGAAGGACGCGCUCCGCGCCGCACAUAGCGUCCCGAUGCCAGGUCCCCGCAUCAGCAACUUCGCGAUCGCGAUGGACGCGUUCGAGGACGUUGCGAACGCGUGCAAGACCUGCGCUGCUGCUGGCAAGGGCCCUGCCGAGUUUGCGGGCGACGCGGAAGGAGGCGUGUUCUUCCAAGUGGACGUGAACGUCUGCGCGGACGAUGUGCAGCUCGAGCGCACAAUGUUCUACAGCUCGUAUGGCGACCUGGGGCUCAUGCUCGGUUUACUGGUGCAGACCGCAGGCCUCUCGCUCGGUAUCUACGGCCUGAAGCUCGCAGACCCGAUCGGCUCUCCACUGCAGACGUUCUACCUCUCGGAUGAUAUUGCGAAGAUCCUCACUUUCCUUGGGCUUUCCAUGGAGCGGUGGGAGCAAGGCUUCGAGACGCAGGACGAAGUCGUGCGCUGGGCCGCGUCUUCGCCGUUCGCCCGCGCGCUUGCGGCGCGCCUGCAGUCCGGAGAAUCCAAACUGUCGUUGAAGGAGCGCGGCGAGGGCCGUCCCAUGCGCCAGAAGUUCAUCGACUAUUUGCAGGCGGAAGAGGUGCCCGAUGCUGAGUCCGAGCCUAAUCUCCCGGUCUUCGCGACAUCUUGCGACAGGGUGGACAAGAUCGACGCGGCGCUGCGGUACUUUGGGAAGCAUGACGAGUACACGGCAAUCCUAGAUGCAGCACGGGCAAACACCCGCGCGAAGGCGAUAUUGAAUGGGAACAACGUCCGCGAGUGGACGGGCGUUACUGGCACGCCGACGCGAUUCAUCCUCGAUGAAGUGAAGGAGCGUCUGACCGCGCGGGCGGGAAGCGCGACCGUGUCCGUCGCAAUGGCCGAAGCUAUCCCCGCAUGGCAGCACACGCUGCUGGGGAUGUCGGACGACGAAGUACGGGCACUCACCAUGAGCGUGAAAGAGGACCUGGAGGCCGCAGGGAAACUCGAGUUCGACUGGCGCGCCGCGAAGGCUGCGAAGCUUGAGCGGAAGAAACAGCAAGCGGCCGCGGCGCAGGUGGAGGCGAAGGCCCUUAAUGACGAGACGUAG